GGCGUCGGCGCGGCGUGGCGAAUUAUUAGUCGGAAUCACACUCUUCGCCGUCGCGUCGUCAGAGGCGACGGCGACGACCGCGUCGUCUCCUUCAACGCUGACGACAUGAUCGACGCCGCGGUUCAAAGCCAAAGCGGCGGCCCGCUCACCGGCGAAGGCGGCGCCGCGCUCCCCGAGCGCAAGACGAGGACGGGCGUCAAACGCGCGUACAUGCGAAGAGGCGCGAAGAAGGUGUGGGCCGCGAUGAACGGGGGCGGGUCCGACGUCGCCGAGUCCUACGGCGACGUCGUGCCCUACGACGGCGGCGACGGCGGGUCGCCCAUCCCGGCGUACGGCACCGCGCCGGUCGCGGACGCGGGGGUGUUACAAGGGCGGGUCAUCGAGAGCGUGAACGGGCCCGUGGGCGGCGGGAUCGGCGAGGGGGCGGGCGUCGCGACGAAGGGCCUCAACGGCGGCGCGUUUCAAGACGACGACGCGAACGGCGGGAACGGCGAGAAGAAAAAGCGGAAGCACAAGUACCACAUCGCGGUGAACCCGCCGAAGCAGCACGGCGUGAUGCGUAUCAACGGCCCGACCGCGUCGUUCAAGCCGAGCGAGUACUUCCGCCAGUCGCUCUCGAGGCGCGCGUUGCUUCGCGACGCGGAGCUCACCCCGCGCGACCUUCGUCGGAUCGAUCCGUACUUACUGCAGACGAACAACACCCCCGCGCUGCUCGUGAGCGAUCAGACGAUUAUCGUCAACCUCGGCGUGCGCGUGAUCGUCCGCCCGGACCACGCGCUGCUGUUCGAGCCGGACACGGCGACGGCGCAGCGGUUCUUGGAGAGUUUGAAGACGCGCGGCGAGACGAAGGACACCCCCGGCGGCGUCGGCGGCGCGCCGAUCCCGUUCGAGCUCGAGGUGGUGGAGGCGGCGUUGCAGGAGACGACGAGCCAGCUGUACGCCAAGCUGGAGUUUUGCGAGGCGCGGUGCCGGCACGUGAGCGAGUCGCUGCGGACGUCGAUCAACCCGGUCGUGCUCGAGGAGCUGAGGCUGACGAAGCAGAGCCUCGUGGAGUUGGACUCGAGGGCGGGGGCGAUUCGGCAGGUGUUGCUGGACACGCUGGACGACGACGACGACAUCACGGAUUUCACGAUUUCGUCCACGGCGGAGCUCAUGACGGAGGAGAAGGAGGACGAGGAGGAGGAGGUGGAGAACUUGAUCGAGUACUACCUUCAGCAGACGGAGACGGUGCACAGCGCCGCGGAGCAGCUGCUUGAGAACACGCGCGAUCUCGAGGAGUCCAUAUCCGUGUCGUUGUCGUCGCGGCGGUACGAGGUGAGCAAGCUAGAGCUGACGCUGUCGAUCGCGACGUUCGCCGCCGCGUGCGGGGCGCUCAUCACCGGCGUGUUCGGGAUGAACCUUCGGUCGUGCCUGGAGAUGUCGAUCACCGCGUUUUAUCUGACGUGCUUCCUCAUCGUGAGCGGGAUGGGCUGGAUAUUCCGUUCGAUCAUGAAGUUCGCGCAGCGGCAAAAGAUUUUGUGACGGAUGACGGAGAGGAGAGCUCGGUCGACGACGGCCGCGGUGUGUUAACCGACGCCGUCGCCACCACCUAGGAACGCCGCGCGGGCGAAGAUAGCUCGCUAGGGUGCGAAUAAAGUUUCAGCUCACGCUGU